AUGGUAGGUUUCGCCGUUGCUGCGUCUUACUCAUGUUACGAAGGCUUCGAAGUUUUUGAAGAACUUUGUCCCCCUUUUCGAUCGCGUCCUCGUACAGCGUUUCGAGGCCGAAGUUACCACCAAAGGUGGUAUCAUGAUCCCAGAGAAAGCCAAGGGUAAGGUUCUCGAAGCCACCGUUGUUGCCGCCGGUCCCGGGCAUGUUAACGAAGUAAGUUAUCUUUCUUGCCAACAAAGUUUGUUAGCAAGGGAAAACUGUUCCAUUGUGCGUGAAAGUGGGUGAUAAAGUCUACUUGCCAGAAUACGGUGGUACCAAAGUUGUUUUUGAGGACCAGGUGGGUGUGCUUCCUUCCAUAAUCGAGUUCUCCAGGAAUAUUUCCUCUUCCGCGAAAGUGAUAUCCUUGGCAAAUUUUCCAAGUAA